AUGAAAAUUUUAAAAGCUUGUAAAGUUUUCUUUAAGCUUGUAAAGAACUCCUGGGGAGCUACAUGGGGCGACGAAGGUUACAUCAAGAUGGCCAUUGACGAUUCACCCAAGGGUAUCUGCGGCAUUUUGCUCGCUGCGAGUUAUCCCAUUGCAGCUUGA